ACAGUAAUGGGUUAAUAAAACUAAGGGGACGAAACAAUUGAGGUAGAUCACUUCCGUUUUAAAACCGAAAGGUAAUCGCAGCUCGGAAUCGCUCAGAUUUCGUUGUAUCUGAAUUACUUCUUACAUGCGCCUGUUUUCCAAAGAACUUUUGUGAAAAUGCCAUCAACGCUGUCCACUAGCAAAGGCCUUAUGGUUGUCACAAAGAUCGUUCCAUUGGAGGAUCACUGUGACAUCCCCAUCACAAAUGUUGUCAAUUCAGAAUCUAAAAAGCCGACCACGCAGAAUGAAAAACUGCCUGAAAUGACCCGUCUCUUUCAAAAAGGCUAUCCCAUGCCACUUGGAAUUGUGCAGAUAUUCCUUGGAAUGAUGACUCUGGCCCUUGGUGUGCUUGUUAUCCUCUCAUCUGAAUUCUUUGGGGAGGUCCCGCUGGGUCUUGGAAUAUUUUUUAUGAUAUCAGGAUCAAUAUCUGCAGCAGCACAUGAAGGAAAGCGCAUUUGUCUGAUUAAAGGAACUUUGGCCAUGAACAUCAUCAGUUCUCUGGUUGCACUAGCUGGCAUUGGAUACUUUUGCAUGGAACUGGCCAAACAGCCUGAGGAAUGCAAAAGGGAAGAAUGGGAUCAGAAUUAUAGAUACUGGCAAUGCAUGGCAUCUGUCAAUCAAUACAAGGCCGUGGUCAAUGGAGUGAAAGGAUUACUGUUGGUCAUGGCGGUGUUCCAGUUCUGUGUUUCCACCACAAUCUCUGUCUUCUCUGCAAAAGCCAUCAGACAAGAUUCUGCUGAUCAACUGGGGGGUACCGUUCGUUUCGACAUCACUGGAACCGGUGCUGACGAAAGCAGUACUGUUCCUCUGCUACCUUAGGAGGAAGUCACCGCUCCUACAUCACCUUAAAGGAGGGGAGGGGGGCCAUCAGCACACCACACAGCACUUAUCGUGAUAUUUGUCAAUGAACUGAAAGUGAAGUAAAUUUCCUAUGCACAUAUGUGUACAUUUAAUAUGCACAUUGAUAGAGAAAUGUGAAACUCUGACUUUAAUCAAGUAUGUAUGGGUGUUAAUCAUAUGCCUUUGUGAGCUGAAACAUGACAUUUUUGUCUCUGUAUGUCUUUGAUUCUUAAGUGCUGACGUUUCAAACGCUGUAUGUGUGCUUAAAAGUGUUCCCUCUGUGUGUGCGUAAGCGAGGGCUGAGAACUACUAGUCCUUCUUUUUUGCCUUGCUGAUGCAUUACGUUGCAAAAAGCAUAGCAAGAUGACCUCGGAGGUGGCAAACCCACCAUGUGGUUAUCUCAGUUGACAUAAUGCUUUGGCGUCAGAGAAACACUAAUCUCAACCUAUAUAAACCUUGUGUGUUGUGUUUAAUUUAGCUUCUCUCUCGUCUGCUGCAGUCUGGGAGUGAGCCCGGGCUCUCUCUUUCGUCCUCCAAGAUGAGAGUGAGCCUGUGCUUUUCUCUUGUCUGCCAAGACCUGAGUGAGCCCGAUAUGAUAAAAAGAUACUUAUACAAGACUCUGGAGUCCGAGGUAAACUUGAGUGUGAAUUUUCACCUAACACACAUAUUCCUGUUAAACUUGUAAGCACACAUUCUAAACUUUGCCUUUUUGUUAGUCUACCAUUAGAGCAUUGUGUAUUUUGUUAAGGUAGCUGAUGUAUUUUACUAAUUAUACUAAUAAAUAGUGCCUUUUUCUGAUCA